AUGUCGUCGGCCGCCGUUCAACCGCAGAGCCCGCACUCUCACCAGCAAUACGGCGAACACUACACACCCACCUCUGCCGCUCACGCCAGCGCCGCACCUACGACCGUGUCAUCUCCACAAUCCGCAUCACGGCGGCCUGUAGGCAAUACUUCAGGCCCAAACACUCCCCAGCAGCAGCAGUCACAGUACUCCUCUGCAGCCAUGGGCUCACCGCGCGGUCAAGAUUCGCCCGGUAUGAACGCAUCGACCUACGCCCAAUUCUAUCCCGAGCCGGCAACGUCCUUACCCAUCCGCGCCGCCACGUCCUAUCAGUCUCAGUCGCCGAAUCCCGCACCAGCAUCGUACGAUUCACGAGGAUACAGCUCACGUCCGCAAUCGCAAUCGCAAUCGCAUGCACAGACUGGGUAUGGAAGCGGGAGUGAUAGCGAUCGUCGGCGGACAACACAACCAUCAAGGGAAGAGCAGCCAGGCAGUGGACGGAGCCAGCGUACACGCAAUGCCCCUACAUCUAGCAGAUCAUCCACGGCUGUCGGUCAGCCUCCCAUGGGUACAGAUCUACCGCGGGAGAACAGUGCUGUUAUCAACCGUAUCGUAGUUGAUGAUCCGCAGGAGGAUGUGGCUCGGGCAGAAGCUCGCAAGGCCGAAGGCCGGCCACUGGGAACUACCAACAAUAUGCAGGAUGUUGCAGAGGCGGCACCAGUACAGCGGAGCCGUCAGGAACAUCUCAAGCACGGAAAUUCGCAUAAGAGCAAAGAGGUCAAGUUCGGCGACUACAUCCUCGGUCAGACAAUUGGCGAGGGAGAGUUCGGCAAAGUCAAAAUGGGGUGGAAGAAGGAUUCCACUGUCCAGGUUGCCAUCAAGCUGAUCCGAAAGGAAAGCCUCGCCGGAAACACUACUCGCCUUCCUAAGAUUUACCGGGAAAUCCACAUCUUACGCGAGCUUCAACAUCCCAACAUUGUCCGCCUACACGAGUUUGUGGAGACGGAGCGACAUAUGGGCAUCAUUCUGGAAUACGCCUCUGGAGGCGAGUUGUUCGACUACAUUCUCAAUCACCGCUACCUCAAAGACCCUGCAGCGCGGAGACUCUUUGCUCAACUGGUUUCUGGUGUUGGAUACUUACAUAAGAAGGGCAUUGUUCACCGCGAUUUGAAACUGGAGAAUCUGCUAUUGGACCGCAACAAGCACAUAAUAAUCACCGACUUUGGAUUUGCAAACACAUUCAACCCCGAGGAUGAGCUAGGUGAAGAGGCGGAGAAUCGGAUAGGCGACAAGAACUAUAUCAAGUCGCAAGGACUGGACAAGGUGAUACCGUGGAGAGAUGGCAGAGAUGGAGGUCACCGGAGAGGCGAUCUCAUGCAGACAUCGUGCGGAAGUCCAUGUUACGCGGCUCCUGAGCUGGUCGUGAGCGAUGGUCUCUACACUGGCCGGAAGGUGGAUGUGUGGAGUUGCGGUGUCAUUCUGUACGCCAUGUUGGCAGGAUACCUACCUUUCGACGACGAUCCCGCGAAUCCUGAAGGCGACAAUAUCAAUUUGCUGUACAAGUAUAUCGUCAGCACUCCAUUGACCUUUCCCGAAUACGUCACACCACACGCUCGCGACCUCCUACGAAGAAUACUGGUCCCGGAUCCCCGACGAAGAGCAGACCUGUUCGAGGUCGCUCGUCACAGCUGGCUGAGCGAAUACACACAUGUUGUAGGUUUCAUCGGAAGUCGGGUCAAGAGUGAUGUGGAUCCAGUCUCUGUGCGCAACGACGGUGAGCCACAACUCGGACGUAGCGCUUCGGUCAGGGAGCCAACGACUAGAGGCCCUGCGGACCGAUCUUCCAUGUCUGCAGCGAAGCAUGCUGUCAUGGCCGGUGUCGGUGGUGACGAAGCGAAUGACAUGCGGAACAAGACUUCCCGCGACCAGAAGAGACGGACAGUACAGCUGGAGUAUGUGGCACCGAAUGUUGCAAACCCGCGCGGAGACUCUUCUCAAGAUCUUGGCGGUCGCAAGGCGGUGUCACAAUCUGCUGGCACGGCAUCGAGGACAAGAGCACGAGCAGACGGACACGGACCGGUCGAGGUUACAUCGUCGAGGCAGGAUGGCUCCAUGCUUCCACCCUCGAGUCGACCGCAGCAAAGAGCUGUGUCAGACGCAACUACCGGUUUUGGAACGUCUGCCGGCAGCACAGCACGUCCUACCAGUAUGAGCGGUGCGCUCGGUGUUCCUUCGCGGCUGCCAUCACGAGGAAACUCGUACAGCCAACCGUCUGCUGCUCAGCCAACCACUACGACUGCCCAAGGCAAAAUUUCUCAGCCAAAGUCUGGCUCAGGCUAUAUGAUCGCGGGCGGGUCAGCCGCUGGCGAAGCAGAGCCAUCCACAAACGCCACUGGGCGACCCAGCACUGGCCGCAAGGCCUCUGGACGAUCAGGUGCACCAUCGCAACAGAAGAGCUCGUCUGGGCACAAGCGGAGCAGCACAUUGGGUAGCCUCGCGGACAAGGUUAUGAACCGGAACAGCUCCAGACGCUCAACACAGCAGGAAAGUGCAGCGGCAGCAAAUGAAAAGCGAGAUCGCAGGUACCCGCCGGUCAGCAUGAAGAACGCGAUGCCGAAUGCCGACAUCGAACAACCACGUCCAUCUACAGACGGACGUCGACCAAGCUUCGGCUUCAACCGCAAAGCAUCGAAGGAGGGAGAAGCAAGCAUAUCAAGCAAGAGGACCUCCAGACGCUUUUCGUGGCUGCCUGGCAGCUUGAGCAUGAGCAACUUUGGCGGCAAGAAGGACCAGAACUCGGAUUCUGGCGAUGACGGGUACCGUCCUCCCCGAUCGCAACAAUCACAGCAAUCUCGGUCUAGUCGACCAGGCAGCAAAGGUGUGGCCUUGGGGCGCGGAGAAUCUUCUAGUCCGGCUGGUAGCAACACCAUAAACCACGAAGAACGCCGCGGCAAUCCUUCGAACCUACGUUACGACAAAGCCCUGCCGCCCUCUCCAACGCAGUCCGGACUCGCCAUGAAUGCCACUCCACCGCUUAUGCAGCGCAAGCAAUUCCGCGACGACGGUUAUGGCAAUAACAUGCUCGAACAGGACCCUCCUGAGCGAUUCUAUACUCCCGUCCAAAAUCCAGGCUCCGCCUCUGAACCAAACCACGGCCAGCAGUACGUCAUGGCCGAAAACGGUGACUGGGAGGAGUACGACGCCGUCCAGCAGCCGCAGCAGAUCCCGCAACGUCGCGACCAGAGUUUGAGACCUCACCAACGCCGCAUGGGCGACGCCUACGACCACGGUCAUGGAGGUAGUUCGAGCGCCACGCGUCGCGUCAUGGACUUCUUCCGGCGUCGUGGGAAGGACAGAGGCGAAUUGUAGGAUCUUCGCAGGAGGUUCCGUGGCGAUCACGAUGGGCAGAGCGAUGGCUGGUGGCGUGAGGUGGGAUUUGACAGAGUGAGAUGAGUGUUGGGUCUAUUGGGCCGUCAUUGAUGUGGAUGAAUUGGUUAUACGAGCAGCAGCACGAGCAGCAGCAACAGCGAGUCGAGGCAUGCAGGCCAGAGGCGAAGAAUGGAAACCGAACCGAGAGCAGCUGGAGAGAACGUUCGAGCGAGACGAGCGAGCAUGUUGGGC